AUGUCCCUCCCUGUGGCAAACAUCAACAUCAAAUAUGACGAUGAGAAAGAACGAAUUACGGAUUUCCUGUCCAAGUUCAAGAGCACUCAAGAAAAAGAUCUUGCUCAAGACUUGGCGAAUAUCGACAUUGACGAUGGCCGCGACACUACCAACCCGGAAUUUGCGUCUCUCAAGUACAUGAAACAGCUGCAAUGCAUCGCCAAUCGCGAACAACAAAUGCUUGCAAUUGAGUUGGAGGACAUUCUUGCUCACGAGAAUACAUCAUCUGAACUUGUUUCCCGGAUACGCAAUAACGCACGACGAUAUGUCAACCUUUUCAGCGAGGUUGUGGACAAGCUUAUGCCACAACCCACCAAGGACAUCAGUGACCAGGACGAAGUAAUCGACGUUAUUCUUCAUCAAAGACGUGAGCGCAACGAGCAGCUGGAAGGUGGACAGGAAGGGUUCCCCGAACAUUUGCUCCGUCGAUACAACCUCUACUUCAAGCCGCUGGUGACUGACAUGACAACGGCGGUCCGUGAAGUAAAGGGGUCUCUGCUAGGUCACCUACUGACCGUCCGUGGAAUCGUAACACGUGUUUCCGAAGUCAAGCCACUUCUCCAAGUCAACGCUUACACGUGUGAUGUGUGCGGCUCAGAAACUUUCCAGGACAUAUCCCAAAAGACUUUCUCGCCAAUCCUCGACUGUCAGAACGAGAACGAGUGCAAAAAGAAUGGAAUUCGCGGUUCACUCCAUAUGCAGACAAGAGCCUGUCGCUUCAGCCCUUUCCAGGAGGUGAAAAUACAGGAAAUGCCUGACCAAGUACCCGUUGGACACAUACCGCGUUCCAUGACAGUCCAUGUCAACGGCAACCUCACUCGGCUGAUGAAUCCUGGGGAUGUUGUUCAUCUGGGCGGCAUAUUCCUUCCAGUACCGUACACUGGAUUCCAAGCCAUCCGCGCGGGUUUACUUACCGACACAUACCUCGAGGCUCAUCACGUCCAUCAGCUGAAGAAACAGUACAGCGAAAUGGAACUUACCCCGGACAUUGAGCGUCAGAUUGCCGAACUUCGACAAGAUCCAGCGUUGUAUGAAAAGCUUGCACAAAGCAUUGCUCCUGAAAUCUAUGGUCACGAAGAUGUCAAGAAGGCCCUAUUAUUGCUCCUCGUCGGAGGUGUCACUAAAGUCACUGGCGACGGAAUGAAGAUCCGAGGAGACAUCAACAUUUGCCUGAUGGGUGAUCCUGGUGUGGCGAAGUCACAACUUUUGAAGUAUAUAUCAAAAAUUGCUCCUCGAGGCGUCUACACCACAGGAAAGGGAUCCUCUGGUGUCGGUUUAACUGCUGCAGUCAUGAGAGACCCAGUUACAGAUGAAAUGGUUCUAGAGGGAGGGGCUCUUGUUCUUGCAGAUAACGGAAUCUGCUGCAUUGAUGAAUUCGACAAAAUGGACGAAUCUGACCGGACCGCCAUUCACGAAGUUAUGGAGCAGCAGACCAUUUCAAUUAACAAGGCGGGCAUUUCAACGACGCUCAACGCCCGUACUUCUAUCCUUGCCGCUGCCAACCCGCUAUAUGGUCGAUACAACCCGAAGGUUUCCCCAGUCGAGAACAUCAAUCUGCCUGCUGCACUUCUUUCGAGGUUCGAUUUGCUCUUUUUGAUUUUGGACAAAGCUUCGCGAGAUGGGGAUGAGCGCCUUGCUGAGCACGUUACCUACGUGCAUAUGCACAAUCGCCACCCAGACUUGGAUAUGGAUGUCGUUGAGCCCACAAUCAUGAGGCAUUACAUUGCGCUUGCGCGUCAAAAACGCCCGACUGUUCCUCGUGAAGUCUCGACUUAUGUCGUCGACUCUUACGUUCGCCUCCGCAAGCUCUCAAAGGACGAAGAAGAGCAAAGUAAAUCCCAUACAUAUACGUCAGCACGUACCCUGCUCGGCAUCUUGCGUCUUGCACAAGCGCUCGCUCGCCUGAGAUGUUCUGAUGUUGUCGUACACUCAGACGUAGACGAAGCUCUCCGUCUGAUGGAAUGCAGCAAGGAGAGUCUGCAAGACGAGGAGGACCGUGAAGUUGAGGUAGAUCAAACCCCAAUCAGCAAAAUCUUCCGCCUCGUCAAAGACAUGGCUGGUUCUGGAGGGAGCGGGCAGCGUUCCAAGCGCCAGAAGAGGUUCGGCAAAGGUCCCGGCGGCGAACGCGACAUGGAUGUGGAUUCGGACGAAGAGGAUGGAAAGGUCCUCUCCGUGCUAGACAUUCGUGCUCGCGUUAUCAGCGCUGGCUUUACUGAAGCUCAGCUUAUGGAGACCAUAACAGCGUACGAAGACCUUGAAAUCUGGGUCCGAGUCGCGGGAGGAUCUAAGAUUCAGUUCAUAUAA